GACAUAAUGUGGAUUCGAAAAAAAUGAUUGAAUAUAUUGAUUCAAGAAUUUGGAGAAAUAAAGCCAUUAUAAGUGUUAGUUUAGAUAAACCUUAUAAAAAAGGAUUGGAAAAUUUAAUAAAAAAGGCCGACGUCAUCUUUUUUUCCCAAAUUUUUGCUGAAAGUAAAGGUUAUAAUCGUGUGGCUGCUUUUGACUUUUUAAAAUUUAUGGGUAGAUUUUGUAAAGAAACUGCCUAUUUAUUUUGUACAUGGGGAUCAUCAGAGGCAAUGUUUUAUAACAAUAAAACCAAAAGAAUUUAUGCCGCGUCUGCACUACAAGUACCAAUUAUAAUUGAUAGUGUAGGAGUAGGUGAUACAUUCAUCGCUUGUGCAAUAUACAGUCUAGUUCAAG